UUUUUCCACUCGAGUGAGUUUCCUCCGCCUUCUCCUCCUCCACCCGUGCGAAACGCCAGACGGCGAUUCGAAGUUUGACCUCUGUUCGAGGCGCUAUUGGUGGCGGUUCUUGGACUUCGUCGCCGCCGCCGCCGCCGCCGCCGCCGCAGCCACGGCGACCGCAUUCCACGGCAUCCCCGUCGCGGCGCCAUUGAUGGGUGAUUGAUUAUUAAAAAGAGAGAGGUUGGGGGUUGGUGUGGAUAUGGAGACGCAGCAGUCGUGGAGGAUGAGGUUCUCCUUCAGGAACGCCACCCUCUUCGUCUGCUUCCUCAACGUCGUCGCUGCUCUCUUCUUGCUCCAGGGCUUCUUCACCUCUUCUUCCGCUUCCUCGCGAUCCGCUCGAUCUAAUUCUGCCAUGCUCCGGUAUAUAAAGGAAUGUGAAGAAAUUCGUCUUUCUAUGCAGCCGUUGGAAUUGAUAAGAAGAGUGAAAGAAAUUCAGCAAGAAGCUUAUACUGAACCUGAAAUAGUUCAGCCAAAGCAGACUGCUGCUCUUGAUCUUUCCAAGCGGUUAAAUAAUUUCCGUUCAGUUAAUGAUAAUGCUGCCAACAUGAAAGCUCUGGAGCAGUGGCGUAAGAGGAAGAUGGAGAGAGCAAGACAGCGAGAAUUGGGAAGGAAUGGAACUGCUGCCUUCCAAGCUUGAUGCAAAAUUCCUGCCACUGUCAAAUGUUUAGGGCGAUACUUGUAAACCGCAUGCAAUCGCCUGUGUGGAAGUAUUUGACAUUAUUGUAUACGAGGACUGGUUUUACAAUACAUACUGUGUGUAAAUGUACAUAAUGCAGAACAGUCCACUCGAAAUUGAGCAAUAUAUAGUGAAGACUUUCUGAUUCAGGCA